CGCGCCGCGCCCCGCCGCGUCAGUCCGCCGCGAACCGUCGUGGGGGUAGCGUCGCUCGCACAUCCUCGCACCAGCUCUCCGGGCAACCGCAGCCGGCACCCGUCCGAGCAUACAACAGCGAGAUACACUCGUAAAAGUGUCAAGUUAAUUGAUGAUUGUGCCGACUCAAAUCACAGUCGCGAGUUAGGUUUUUUACUCAUAGUGCAACUGUGCUUUCGUCCCGCGAUCUACUCGGCUGCAUUUCUUUGGUGUGAGCUUGCUGAAGUGUGAAAAGAUCACAAUGAACGGUUUGAACGGGCACAGCAACGGCGACAUGAAUGGUGCGGGCGACAUCAUCACGCAGAACCAGCAGAAGGGCUGGUGGACCAUCGGCCUCAUCAACUCGCGGUACCGGUACCUCACGGCCGAGACCUUCGGCUUCAAGAUCAACGCCAACGGCACCAGUCUCAAGAAGAAACAGAUAUGGACGUUAGAGCCAGCUUCGGGGAACGCAAAUGACAGCAUGAUCUACCUGCGCUCGCACCUCGACAAGUACCUGGCCGUGGACUCGUUCGGGAACGUCACCUGCGAGUCCGAGGAGAAGGAGGCCGGCAGCAAAUUCCAAAUUAGCGUGUCAGAAGACAACAGCGGGCGCUGGGCGCUGAAGAACGUGGAGCGCGGCUACUUCCUGGGCUCCAGCUCCGACAAGCUCACGUGCACCGCCAAGGUGCCCGGCGACGCCGAGCUGUGGCACGUGCACCUCGCCGCGCGCCCGCAAGUGAACCUGCGCUCCAUCGGGCGCAAGCGGUUCGCGCAUCUAUCCGAAUCGCUAGACGAGAUCCACGUGGACGCCAACGUGCCCUGGGGCGAGGACACGCUGUUCACCCUGGAGUUCCGCGCCGACGAGGGCGGCAAGUACGCGCUGCACACCUGCAACAACAAGUACCUCAGCGCGGGAGGCAAGCUCCUAGACACAUGCACACCCGUGUGCCUGUUCAGCGCCGAGUACCACUCGGGAGCCCUGGCGCUGCGCGACGGCGCCGGCGCAUACCUCGCGCCCAUCGGCUCCAAGGCCGUGCUCAAGACGCGCUCCACCGCCGUCACCAGGGACGAGCUGUUCUCACUCGAGGACAGCCUGCCCCAGGCCGCCUUCGUCGCUGCCCUCAAUGAGAAAUACGUCUCGGUCAAACAAGGUGUAGACGUGACCGCCAACCAAGACGAGAUCUCCUCGCACGAGACGUUCCAGCUGGAGUUCGACUGGGCCACGCGCCGCUGGUACAUCCGCACCAUGCAGGACCGCUACUGGACGCUCGAGACGGGCGGCGGCAUCCAGGCCAGCGGGGACAACAAAUCGUCCAACGCUCUAUUCGAGCUGGAGUGGCAGGGCGACGGCGCGGUGGCGUUCCGCGCCAACAACGGCAAGUACCUCAUGACCAAGCGCUCCGGACACCUCUACGCCAACGCGGACGCUAUUGAUGACAACUGCAAAUACUAUUUCUACUUAAUAAAUAGACCCAUUCUGGUGCUAAAAUGCGAGCAAGGCUUCGUGGGCCCCAAGGGCGUGCGGCUGGAGUGCAACAAGGCCAACUACGAGACCAUCCAGGUCAUCCGCGGCCCCAAGGGAGCCGUUUAUUUCAAAGGACAAAACGGCAAAUACUGGCACGCGGACAGCGAGAGCGUGACGUGCGACGCGGACUCGCCGCAGGGCUUCCACCUGGAGCUGCGCGAGCCCACGCGCCUCGCCAUCCGCGCCGCCGCCUCGCGCGAGUACCUCGCCGCCGCCAAGAACGGCAACUUCCGCCUCGCCUCCUCCGACCUCAGCUCCGCCACGCACUGGGAGUAUUAAGCCGCCCAGCUCGGGAACCCUCGCCUCGCCUGAUCACCGUCGGCCCGCGGUCCGCUCGGACCUCACUGACGCGUCGCUCGUCGAAAACAGAGCUGUCUGUCGCGGCUCCCGUACUCAUUUUUUAGUUCCCACUUUUAGGCUUGAUUUCCUUUUAGGCUGACAUCAGUGACUGACGUCAGUUCUAUGUAAUCAUCUGCCGCCGACGACGGCGUUGCAGUGUGGUGCUUCAUAGAACAUUGUGUUUAUUCGUACGCUCGACCGAUGUCCGCGACCGACGUCAGCGUAGGAGGAAAUCGAGCCUUAGAAAGACGAAGGUUCCCGAGCGGGCGCCCGAGGCCGGCCCGCAGAAUCUCCUCCCCAAUACUCCGCUCUACCGGUAGUCUUAUCCGUUUCCGCUAGAUGGCGUGGGACUUGAAGGUCGAUUGAAAAUGUGAUGGAGCGUUUUCAGUUGACGCCAUUUUGAAAUGCCCAGCCGCUCAAAAUGGCGGUCACAUUCCAGCCGCCAUUUUGGCGGCGUCCGAACGACCCAAACAGCUGAUUCUGGCCGGAAUCCGCUGCGAAUGGAUUUUAAAAUUAAUUAAACAUAAAACGGGAAUGUAAGACAAUGUUCGAGCAUUGUCACCAAACAUUUCAGCAGAAAAAAAAAUACUUCUCAAGGGUGUCAACUGGACGUCACCCGAAUUGCAUUUAGUACGAUAAGUGUAAGCGCGCGAGUGUAGUGCGAAUGUGAUCAUAUAAAAAUAUCGCUUCUCUGUUAUAAUAUUAUUAUAAUCAUAGAUUAUUUUCUUAUAUCGGUAGAUCUGCCGUCACUAUUGCUUGUUUCGAAUUAUAUUUUUUUAUUAUUUGUGACCGUCACUCGUAAUGCUUGAAAUUAUUUAUUUUAGAUUUACGGUAUAUAAAUUAUAUUAGUAUCGGGGGACAUUAUUGGAAAUUUCGUGAGUAUUUAUCGGAUAUAGCGUCUAGUCGAUGGGUUUUAUAAUUAUGAUUUUACCAACUCAGUACUUGUAUUCCGAACAUAUUCGUAGGUUAGUGACCGCAACACCAUGAGACUGAGCCUACAUCCUGCUGAUCAAUGACCGUAAUUGUGUACCGUAAUUAAUUUAAGUUGAACAGGGAUCGUCGCAAUACCGGCGCAGGCAGCGCGGGCUA